UGCUGUGAAAGGAUGGGGGAAGGGGGAAAUGGGAGGAGUAUGGGAGCAAGGGAUGACAGGGAGAUGGGCAGAGAGAUGGGCAGGGGGAGAGCGAGAGAGAGAGAGAGAGAGAGAGAGAGAGAGAGAGAGAGAGAGAGAGAGAGAGAGAGAGAGAGAGAGAGAGAGAGAGAGAGAGAGAGAGAGAGAAGAGGGGGGAGAGAGAGACGAGCUCAAGAGAUAUUGAGAUAGGCUCAGGGGCUGAGCAUGACU